CGCUUGGUUUUGUGCUGCCGCGGUGUCCCUCGCACACUAGACCAGACCAAUCGUUUCAGUAAAUCUCUGAAAGUCAGUACAUGAUUGAUCCAGUUUGGUCUGAGGACUGCGAUUUAUUUCGGAUGUGCGAGAAGAGAACGGCUCAAAUAGUCCACGGUUGCGCUUGUUAUCUGGGCAGACAGGUAGACGAUAGCACGUGCCCUGAUAAGAUAUCAUCUCGUCCCUAAACAGUCAGUUCUAGCGAGAGAACGAUCGCGACACGAUGCACCCAGUUACAGUUUCCGUUUUUUCGAUACUUCUGUGCCUUUUGAGAUGCGCGAAUUCAGCGCCCAGUGAUAGCAGUGCCCUGAUAUAUUUAUCUCAGUAUGGCUACAUAUCAGCUUCCAGAGGGAAUUCUAGUCAACUUUUAGAUGAAAGGAGCUACAAGAAGGCGAUAGAAGACUUCCAGUCCUUUGCUGGAAUAGACGUUACAGGGCAACUAGAUCCGGUUACAUUAGAGACCAUGACUUUACCAAGAUGUGGAGUAAAAGAUAAAGUUGGAACAGGAGACAACAGAGCCAAAAGAUACGCUUUACAAGGUAGCAGGUGGAAGGUGAAAGACCUCACCUACAAAAUUUCCAAAUAUCCAGGCAAACUAAAGCGCGGGGACGUUGACAAGGAAAUUCAGAGAGCCUUCAACGUGUGGAGCGGAUACACCGAUCUCACUUUCACCCCAAAAAGCGGCCAAGUCCACAUAGAAAUUAGAUUUGAAACGGGCGAACACGGUGACGGCGAUCCGUUCGAUGGACCAGGUGGUACCUUGGCUCAUGCCUACUUCCCAGUCUUUGGAGGUGACGCCCAUUUCGACGCUUCAGAGAGUUGGUCGAUAAACAGCUACAGGGGCACCAACUUAUUCCAAGUAGCAGCUCACGAGUUCGGACAUUCCUUAGGAUUGAGCCAUUCCGAUGUCAGACAAGCUCUGAUGGCGCCUUUCUACCGAGGCUACGACCCCCUGUUUAGCUUGGACACGGAUGACGUAGAGGGUAUUCAAGCCUUGUAUGGGAAGAAAACGAAAAAGGACACCCCUUCAUUUGACGAUGAUAAUGACGACCAAGAUGGAGAAUUCGACGAAAGCCCUAGCAAUGAAAAGAAAACACCAGCACCACCAUCAGUUGACCAAAGUCUGUGCGCCGAUCCUAAAUUUGACACCAUAUUCAAUUCUGCGGAAGGGUACACCUAUGUGUUCAAAGGGGACAAGUAUUGGAGGUUGACAGAAGAAAGCAUAGCUCCAGGUUAUCCGAAGAAGAUCUCAGAAACCUGGCCUGGACUCGAAGGUAACAUCGAUGCUGCCUUUACUUACAAGAACGGGAAGACUUACUUCUUCAAGGGAUCUAAAUACUGGAGGUACAAGGGUAGGAAGAUGGACGGUGACUACCCCAAAGAAAUUUCCGAAGGAUUCACAGGUAUUCCCGACAAUUUGGACGCAGCUUUGGUAUGGAGUGGCAACGGAAAGAUUUACUUCUACAAGGGAAGCAAGUUCUGGAGGUUCGAUCCAUCUCAACGCCCUCCUGUCAAGAGCACAUAUCCCAAACCGAUUUCUAACUGGGAUGGAGUUCCAGACAAUCUAAAUGCCGCCUUCCAGUGGACCAACGGUUACACGUACUUCUACAAGGGCAAUGCUUAUUACAGGUUCAAUGACAGGGCGUUCGCAGUGGAUGUCACAAAUCCACCUUUCCCCAGGUCGACCGCUUACUGGUGGUUCGGCUGCAAGAGUGCGCCCGCUGGAACCAUCGGAACUAGUGAGUCUAGAGGGUGGUUAGUUGGUGAAGAGAGCUCUAGUCGAUCUCCUUGGGAUGAUAUGGUUAAUGAUAUGGAUACAGGUGAUCUACAAGACCAUUCUGAUUCUCCAUUAGGGUUAUAUGGCGGCGACGGCGAAAAUUCCAGUAGUCGAAUUGCGAGUCCACUAACUGUAACGAUACUAGUGACGCUAACGGCGACGUUUCUAACUAGUGUAUUAUAGAAAUAUCGAAGUGUUCCAUUUUCGUUUUAUAAAUGAAAAUCGCUUUGACUGAGACUUUAACCAAUGUGUGAUGUCCACUGUAUGUUUAAGAUUGCUUAAUUUUAGUUAAACAAACCGAUGAUCUACCAUUGAACUUAAAAACAUGUAAUUUAUUUUAUGUUCGUUUAUUUUAGUACUUAUUGAAUUGUUGUUAAAUAUGAAACGUUUGUUUGUAUAUAUAUAAAAAAAUUGUUUUAAUGUACGUAGUUAGUUUUGAAUAUAAAACUGAAAAAUGAAUAAAAAGAGAAGUAUCGUAAUUUAAGGAAAUUGAUAAUUUUUACAAAUUUUGAUGGUAUUAUAGAUAUUGUUAUUAAGACCAUGCAACUAUACAUCUGGUACAUAUCUGACAUUUUAGGUUAGAUAAGUUCUACAAAAAUUGUGCUACCACAAUCUGUCUAAGCAAUAAAUUAUAUUUUAUAAUUUGUGAA